AAGUGAGGGCGGGUGGUGGGGGCCGUUGCCGCAGUGACAGAGCUGGGGGAGUCCGAAGAUGGCGGCGUCGCGUCGCUCUCAGCAUCAUCACCACCAUCAUCAACAACAGCUCCAGCCCGCCCCAGGGGCUUCGGCGCCGCCGCCGCCUCCUCCCCCUCCACUCAGCCCCGGCCUGGCCCCGGGGACCACCCCAGCUUCCCCCACGGCGGGCGGCCUGGUCCCCUUCGCCUCGCCGCGGCACGGCCUAGCGCUGCCGGAGGGGGAUGGCAGUAGGGAGCCGCCCGACAGGCCCCGAUCCCCGGACCCGGCCGACAGUCCCAGCUGUGGCAACACCACGAGCACAGUCUGCACCGUCCCCGCCGCCCCCGUGGUUCCGGCGGUUUCCGCUGCUUCUGCCGUCGGGGUCGCUCCCAGCCCAGCCGGCGGCGGCAGUAACAACUCACCGUCGUCCUCUUCUUCCCCGACGUCUUCUUCUUCUUCUUCUCCAUCCUCCCCGGGAUCGAGCUUGCUGGAGAGCCCCGAGGCGCCCGGAGUUAGCACCGCGGCAUUAGGGCCCGGGGCAGCGGGACCUGGGCCGGGGGUCCCGGCCGUGAGCGGCGCCCUACGGGAGCUUUUGGAGGCCUGUCGCAAUGGGGACGUGUCCCGGGUGAAGAGGUUGGUGGACGCGGCCAACGUGAACGCUAAGGACAUGGCCGGCCGGAAGUCGUCUCCCCUGCACUUCGCUGCAGGUUUUGGAAGGAAGGAUGUCGUAGAGCACUUACUGCAGAUGGGUGCUAAUGUCCAUGCUCGCGAUGACGGAGGUCUCAUCCCGCUUCAUAAUGCCUGUUCUUUCGGCCAUGCAGAGGUUGUGAGCCUCUUACUGUGCCAGGGAGCUGACCCAAAUGCUCGGGAUAACUGGAACUACACCCCUCUGCAUGAAGCUGCUAUUAAAGGGAAAAUCGAUGUGUGCAUUGUGCUGCUGCAGCACGGAGCCGAUCCAAACAUUCGGAACACGGACGGCAAGUCAGCCCUGGACCUGGCCGAUUCUUCAGCAAAAGCCGUCCUUACAGGUGAAUACAAGAAAGACGAACUCCUGGAAGCUGCUAGGAGUGGUAAUGAAGAAAAACUAAUGGCUUUACUGACUCCUCUAAAUGUGAAUUGCCAUGCAAGUGAUGGGCGAAAGUCUACUCCUUUGCAUCUGGCAGCAGGCUACAACAGAGUUCGGAUAGUCCAGCUGCUGCUUCAGCAUGGUGCUGAUGUUCACGCAAAAGACAAAGGUGGACUUGUGCCUCUUCAUAAUGCAUGUUCAUAUGGACAUUAUGAAGUCACAGAACUACUACUAAAGCAUGGAGCUUGUGUUAAUGCUAUGGAUCUCUGGCAGUUCACUCCACUCCAUGAGGCUGCUUCCAAGAACCGUGUGGAAGUCUGCUCUUUGUUACUUAGCCAUGGAGCUGAUCCUACAUUAGUCAAUUGCCACGGCAAAAGUGCCGUGGAUAUGGCUCCAACUCCUGAGCUCCGAGAGAGAUUGACCUAUGAAUUUAAAGGUCAUUCUUUACUACAAGCAGCUAGAGAAGCAGACCUAGCCAAAGUUAAAAAAACACUUGCUUUGGAAAUCAUUAAUUUCAAACAACCACAGUCUCAUGAAACUGCACUGCACUGUGCUGUAGCCUCCCUGCAUCCCAAACGAAAACAAGUGACAGAAUUGUUACUUAGAAAAGGAGCAAAUGUCAAUGAGAAGAAUAAAGAUUUCAUGACUCCCCUGCAUGUUGCAGCAGAAAGAGCUCACAAUGAUGUCCUGGAAGUUCUGCAUAAGCAUGGAGCAAAGAUGAACGCACUGGACACCCUUGGUCAGACUGCCUUGCAUCGAGCUGCCCUAGCAGGCCACCUGCAGACCUGCCGCGUCCUGCUGAGCUACGGCUCCGAUCCCUCCAUCAUCUCCUUACAAGGCUUCACAGCAGCCCAGAUGGGAAAUGAAGCUGUGCAGCAGAUUCUGAGCGAAAGUACACCUAUACGCACUUCCGACGUUGACUAUCGACUCUUGGAGGCGUCUAAAGCUGGAGACUUGGAAACUGUGAAGCAACUUUGCAGCCCUCAAAAUGUGAAUUGCAGAGAUUUGGAGGGCCGCCAUUCUACGCCCUUGCACUUUGCAGCAGGCUAUAACCGUGUGUCAGUCGUGGAGUACCUUCUGCAUCAUGGUGCUGAUGUCCAUGCCAAAGAUAAAGGUGGCUUGGUGCCCCUUCAUAACGCUUGUUCGUAUGGACACUAUGAGGUAGCCGAGCUUUUAGUAAGGCAUGGGGCUUCUGUCAAUGUGGCGGACUUAUGGAAAUUCACCCCUCUACAUGAAGCAGCAGCUAAAGGAAAAUAUGAAAUCUGCAAGCUCCUUUUAAAACAUGGAGCAGAUCCAACUAAAAAGAACAGAGAUGGAAAUACACCUUUAGAUUUGGUAAAAGAAGGAGACACAGAUAUUCAGGACUUACUGAGAGGAGAUGCUGCCCUGUUGGAUGCUGCCAAGAAGGGCUGCCUGGCAAGAGUGCAGAAGCUCUGUACCCCAGAGAAUAUCAACUGCAGAGACACGCAGGGCAGAAACUCCACCCCUCUGCACCUGGCAGCGGGCUACAAUAACUUGGAAGUAGCUGAGUAUCUUCUAGAACACGGAGCAGAUGUUAAUGCCCAAGACAAAGGUGGUUUAAUUCCUCUCCAUAAUGCAGCAUCCUAUGGGCAUGUGGACAUAGCAGCAUUAUUGAUAAAAUAUAACACAUGUGUAAAUGCAACAGAUAAGUGGGCAUUUACUCCUCUUCAUGAAGCAGCCCAAAAAGGAAGGACACAGUUAUGUGCUCUACUCCUGGCACAUGGUGCAGACCCAACCAUGAAGAACCAAGAGGGUCAGACACCUUUAGAUCUGGCAACAGCUGAUGAUAUCAGAGCUUUGCUGAUAGAUGCCAUGCCUCCAGAGGCCUUACCUACCUGUUUUAAGCCUCAGGCCACUGUAGUGAGUGCCUCUCUGAUCUCACCAGCAUCCACCCCAUCCUGCCUGUCGGCCGCGAGCAGCAUAGAUAACCUCACGGGCCCGUUAGCAGAUUUGGCGGUAGGAGGAGCGUCCAACACGGGGGAUGGCGCAGCGGGUGCAGAAAGGAAGGAAGGAGAAGUUGCGGGUCUUGACAUGAAUAUCAGCCAGUUCCUAAAAAGCCUUGGUCUUGAACACCUUCGGGACAUCUUUGAAACAGAACAGAUUACACUAGAUGUGCUUGCUGAUAUGGGUCAUGAAGAGUUGAAAGAAAUCGGCAUCAAUGCAUACGGACACCGCCAUAAAUUAAUCAAAGGGGUAGAGAGACUCUUAGGUGGACAGCAAGGCACCAAUCCUUAUUUGACUUUUCACUGUGUUAAUCAGGGAACUAUUUUGUUGGAUCUUGCUCCAGAAGAUAAGGAGUAUCAGUCAGUAGAAGAGGAGAUGCAGAGUACAAUUCGAGAACACAGAGAUGGUGGUAAUGCUGGUGGCAUCUUCAACAGAUAUAAUGUCAUUCGAAUUCAAAAAGUUGUCAACAAGAAAUUGAGGGAACGGUUCUGCCACAGACAGAAGGAAGUGUCUGAGGAGAAUCACAACCAUCACAAUGAGCGCAUGUUAUUCCACGGUUCUCCUUUCAUUAAUGCCAUUAUUCAUAAAGGAUUUGAUGAACGACAUGCAUACAUAGGAGGAAUGUUUGGUGCUGGGAUUUAUUUUGCCGAAAACUCCUCUAAAAGCAACCAGUAUGUUUACGGCAUUGGAGGAGGAACAGGCUGCCCCACACACAAAGAUCGGUCCUGUUAUAUAUGUCACAGACAAAUGCUUUUCUGUAGGGUGACCCUUGGAAAAUCCUUCCUGCAGUUCAGCACCAUGAAAAUGGCUCAUGCCCCUCCAGGCCAUCACUCGGUUAUUGGGAGACCAAGUGUGAAUGGGCUGGCAUAUGCGGAAUAUGUCAUCUACAGAGGAGAACAGGCAUACCCAGAGUAUCUCAUCACCUACCAGAUCAUGAAGCCGGAAGCUCCUUCACAGACCGCAACAGCCGCAGAGCAGAAGACCUAGUGAAGGCCCACUGGUAAAGGCCAGAUCGGAUUUAAAUGUGGGACUGGAUUACAGUGGAUUGUUUCCAACAAAAUCAAUAGUCUAGAAACCCCUGACAGCCUAGAAAUAAGCUGUUUGUCUUUAUAAAGCAUUGCUAUCGUGAUGAAUAUAGUAUGAGUACCUGAUACAUACUCAACUGCUACUAUUCCCUUUGAGGAAAUGUUUACAGGGGCGGCCUUUGAACAUAUCUCAGGCUCAUUUUCAUGGCAAUUACCCAUUUCUGAAACAAGAUUGCUCUGAUCAAGACUUGGAAAUGGAAAAAAAGAAAACAACCAAUAUUUUCUCAAAUGUUCACAUUUCAACACACUACAUUGGCUUUUUUAUAUAUGGCACGUGUAUAUAAUAAAUAUACACAUAUUCAGUUUUAAUUUUUUCCAAACAUGCAUCGUGGCUUUUUUGUUUUGUUUUGUUUUUGCUUACUUUGAGCCAGAAUCUCCUUGAGGAUAUUUUGCACAGAGUCACACUGACCAAAACCAUUAGCAAUGCAACCCAAGCUUCUGGCCGAGCAAGACUUAGUUUCCACAUUCUUUUCCUCACUUUGAUUUCUUUUGUAUCUGCGCUUGUCAACGUAAACUGAGAUGGAAAAGAAAAACAUCAAGUUUCAGUUUCCUUUUAUUAACUGGCCAGUCUUCCAAGGGACAGGCGCAGGCGUCCCCCUGACUCAGAGCUCCCCAGUUCAGGGCCGUCAGAGCCAGGGAGGGCCACUUGCUCCUUCGGUGCAGGCCUGCUCCAGAGGCGUGGGGACAGUGCGGGAGGCCCGCGAAGAGCGCAGGCUGCGUGAUGCUGGGCAGACGCCGCGGGGUGAGCCUCCAGGGAGGGCUGUGCAGAAGCAGCAGGAAGCAGGGCGAGCAGCCCGCGGUUCUGUGAUACCGCGGGAAAAGGAUUGCACGGACGCCAAAGGAAAAACGACUUCUCACCCUGCUCCACCAGAAUUGUCGCCCCCAAAAUUAGUUGCCUUAUUUCCAAAUCAGUGGGAUUGCUGUACUUCAUCAGAGUAAAAAAAUAAUUGCUUUCUUGUUUUUCUAGUUUAAAAAGCUAGGAUUAAAAUCCUUUUCAGUAGGUAGAUAUGCACAAAUGCAAGGACUUUUUCGUUUACUCCAGGUUUGGGGUUUAUUUUGAGUGAGGGGCUUCAAAUAGUUUCUGUAGGUCCCUGCACUAAAUUUUUGAACCAUUUCUUCAAAAGAACAAAACUGAAACCAAAGCUCUUUCAGUUACUUUUUUGGACAAAGGUGGAGAGACACCGUAUUAUGUCUUCAUGAAAUUACUACUUUGUUUCACUUGUUCUUAUCAACAAUAUUUGCCAAGUGCACACCAACACUUAUAAAAGAUUGCCCAUUAGCCCUUACUCUUCUCCCCUUAACUGAGCGGCACUUUGAGUACAUCAGCUGGUUUAUGUUCACGUGCUGUGCAUCUUCUCAGCUUUGAUGCAAAGCGAAGAGGAACAUAGUGGAAAAAGAGGAAAAUCAGUGUGACACAAACCUGCCAUCUCAACUUAAAGCCCUGCAAAUGAAUUGCUUCUUUAGUAAUGCAGGCUCAUUAAACUGUGACCUCAUUUAGUCUCCAUAAGAAAAAUAAAAUGGUUACAUGCAAAAAUUCUAGAAUAGGCUCCUAGAGAACACGUUUUGCUUUCCUUCUGGCUUGAGUCCAACUCUAGAACUAGGCGUUGGGAUCUAGUUUGAGUUUUAUAGCAGAGUCUUGCAUGGGUCCUCAGAAUCAAAUCAGGAAUUAGCCUCAGUUGUUGCUUCUAUUGAAGUUUCAGUGACCCAGUCUGGGCCCUCGUGUCUUGGCUGCUUGUUGAAUAGCACUAGAAUUCCAUAUGAAGCUUGAUACGGAAGUGUGAUAGUUAUUAGGAGGGCUUUUUUCCUCCUUUCCUUCUUUUCUGCUGUAACAGUGGGUUGAAGAAAGAAUCAUUGUAGCUUCCAGUAGCUGUGAAAGUGACUAUUACUUGCCUCCUGACUUAGAGUUUAAAAUGGUAAACACAAAAGGGUUAAUAUGGUAUAGAUAUCGAAAGCUGUGCAGCUUCAUUAAAAAGAUAAGCCACUACCCACCUGUGGGUCUAUGUUGUUUCCAUCAUACUAACUAGAUAGUGGAUGUGCCGGUUUUAAACUUCAGCCUUACACUCAAGAAGUUAAACUGUGGUUCCGUAUUAAAACUGCCAAUGUUCUGUCUCUGAUGUUCUGUGUGAGAGUAAAGGUACCGUGU